AUGAGUAAUCCAAUCCCUGAAACAUACGUACGCCUGCGCCUACUGGCUGGUCAUGGCGUGCUGGUGCCCAAGCCUGGAACUGAUCUCGUCAGUUACUCGGACGUUAAUCUCUCUCUGCACUACAUCGUCCAAAACGUUACAGCUUCCAUGGAGCUCGUUACCGACAACACGAAAGAAAAGGUUCAAGUGAUCAAAGUGACGGUGGUUUUGAAGAACCGUUACGUUUUCUUCCUGCUGAACAUCUACUUGCCCUCCCUGAUACUCCUCUUCAUUGGCUACCUGAGCUUAUUUUUCCCACUACGCGACUUCAACGAACGCAUCAUGGUGACCCUCACCGCGCUCCUCGUCGAGACCACAUUCUUCACACAGGUGAGCGACUAUGCUCCACGCACAUCCUUCCUAAAGACAAUUGACAUCUGGUGCAUCUUCUGCAUCGUGCUGCUCUUCAGCAUCAUUGUUGCUGUGACUAUCAUCAACUUCUAUCAG